CCUUGUAGAGGUCACAGGUCACGGGAGGGGCACUUUUGAGCUCAGGCUAAGUGCCAGGCUCGGGGCUAAACCCUUGGCAUCGUCGAGCUCCCGUUUCACAGACGAGAAAACCCAAGGUCACUGCAGGCUGGGAGACAGUUCCAGAAGGGCCUGGAUGCUGGGGAAAGGACUUGACUUGAUCUGGAGGGUUAUUUGAGCCUUUAAAGGGUUCCAGCAGGGGAGGCCUGGAGGUGUGAAGGGAGGGGUCUGUCUGGGCUCACAUCCUGGCCUCACCUCCUUAGGUGUGACUGUGGGCAGGUCACUUCACACAGAUGCGCUGCCUGAGCACGCCCAUGCUGCUGCGGGCCCUGGCCCAGGCCCAGGCUGCACAUGCAGGACAUCCCAGCGCCCGGAUCCUCCACAGCAGCGCGGUCGCAGCCACCUACAAGUAUGUGAACAUGCGUGAGCCCUCGAUGGACAUGAAGUCGGUGACUGACCGGGCAGCCCAGACCCUGCUGUGGACCGAGCUUGUCCGAGGCCUGGGCAUGACCCUGAGCUACUUGUUCCGGGAGCCGGCCACCAUCAACUACCCAUUUGAGAAGGGCCCGCUGAGCCCGCGCUUCCGCGGGGAGCACGCGCUGCGCCGAUACCCAUCCGGGGAGGAGCGCUGCAUCGCCUGCAAGCUUUGCGAGGCCGUCUGCCCUGCCCAGGCCAUCACCAUCGAGGCCGAACCGAGGGCCGACGGCAGCCGCCGGACCACACGCUAUGACAUCGACAUGACCAAGUGCAUCUACUGCGGCUUCUGCCAGGAGGCCUGCCCCGUGGACGCCAUCGUCGAGGGCCCCAACUUCGAGUUCUCCACGGAGACGCACGAAGAGCUGCUGUACAACAAGGAGAAGCUUCUUAACAACGGGGACAAGUGGGAGGCCGAGAUCGCCGCCAACAUCCAGGCCGAUUACCUCUACCGGUGACUUGCCCGCCCGGCGGGCCCGCAGCCCCUCGUGCCCAAUAAAAAAGCUCUGACCUGGGA